CAAAUAGAUCUGGAUUGCUCGAUUCCUUGCGGUUAUUCGCAAUUGAAAGGGGGCCAGAAGACUCGCAGGCAGGGUGCGCCAUCUGCACGUCGCAGUUUGGUGCCACGUGUUUCGUGGAAAACAGGCGACGGCCUUCAGCGGAUAGUUGAAAAAAAAUAUGAAUACAAAACGAUAACGGAGGCUGCAAAAUUUAACAAUGUCACGUAGCAAUCCCAAAAGCACCUCAGUAUUGUUUUUGUGUCUCGUUCUGUGUUUACGUUCGAACUCAGGAACCGCUAUUUCGAAUCGCGUUCUUUUCUCUGCUUUUUAUUCUUGGCGCUAGUUCCGUUUUUAUUCUCUUCCAGACAAGACUCAGUCUUAUGAGAAUGCCUGAUACCGACAGGAAAGUCAAGAUUUUUGUUCUCGACGACGAGAAUCAGUGGGACGAACGCGCCGAAGGAUUCGUCUACUUCUGUUUCCUCAACAAGUUCCUAAGCUCUGCUCUACUCAUCGUAGAACCACGCACCCGAAAAUCUAUUCUUGAAAGCAAAAUAAAUAAGGAUUCGGCGUAUAAUAGAAUAAAGCGAACGAUAACGUGGCUGGAAGAUGCUUAUGGUCUUCUUGCAAUUCAUUUUGAGAAUGAGACGGACUGUGACGUCAUAUGGGAGUUGAUAUGCAAGGCGCAGAGCAAAGACCCAUGGGCGUACUUGACCCAGGGCGAAGAUACGUCGGUGGAGGCGCCGGAAGCCGAAGAUCCGUCGGCGGAGGUACUGAAAAGCGAAGGUUCCUCGGCGGAGGUACCGAAAAGCGAAGAUUCCUCGGCGGAGGUACCGAAAAGCGAAGAUUCCUCGGCGGAGGUACCGAAAAGCGAAGAUUUCUCGGCGGAGCUAACGCGGGUAGGGGAAGAGUUGAGUGAGAGCGCGAACGAGCAGGAUGGCGGCUUCGUUUCGUUGAUUUCAACGGCUGAUCUGGAAGUCGGAGAAAGCUCGGAUUUUGCCAUUACCAUUGAAAAUCGUACGGAGGACGAGAUCAUGGACCACAAUCAGAUUGCGAAUCCGUCCGAUUGCACGGACGUGGCUUGACGUUAAGAACGUUCAAAUGAAUAAAUUGUUUCAUAACAAAAUUGAAAACAGUUUAUAUUUCUGUCGGAAAACGUUACGGUAACAACGGAUGGCAUGAAACAAUGGAGAGCAAUAGAUUUGCAUUUGAAAGCAAAAUAAACUCAUUUUCGAAAAAGUGACCUUCGCUCUUCUGUAUUCUCAAUCUAUCGUUACCCCAACGAUACGUUACUAUUUUAGUCCGACGGAGCAUAUCUUUGCGUGUCUCACGAGAUCGAAAUCCCCCCAGCUCGAGUGUCAAAGCCGAAAACGAAAAAUUCGUGAAAGAUCGUUUCCGAGAGCCGUCAUUGUUUCCGUUUUUCGACGCUACUCGUUCCAAUAGCGCUGCGGCCGGAAGCGCGGGGGGGAGGGCAGAGGCGAGCGAGCGAUGAUCGUACCGGCGAGCGAAAUAAUAUCGAUCGCACGAACGAAGAGAUACAGAUGUACUCUGACGUCCCAAGUUUGAUUUCCCAAAAUCUAUUGACGCCUGUCAAACAUUGAAACGAAGGAAGCCAAUUCCCGAUAGAAAUUCGACUUCCGCUUUUUGGAAGGUUUCGUCUGCAUUCGUGAAUCCACGGCAAUGACUUUUCUACCGCCGUUACUUCUUACAAGAACGAACCCAGUGACCCUGAACUUCACUUGGAGCUCGUGACGAGAUGCUUUACCAAAAGCCAACAACAGACACUCCUGCCGCACCAUCUUAUCCUUGAAAAUUAUAAGCUCAAGUUGCUUCCGAUGCAAACCACUGACGUACCUUAUCCAACGUAUCACAAUUUCAACAGUACGGGGAAACGAUUCGCUUUCGAAAAUUAGGAUACUGCCGAGGAGCGAAGCGUUGGAAUGUUUUUUCCGUUGUACGAGGAGUAGCGUACGCAAACGAUCUAUCCAGUCGUAUUUUAGAAGGGGUGUGCGGAGUUGAGGAACAGGGGUGUUCGUAACAAUUACUGGAAAGCUUAGCUGGCGCCUGGCUGUCAGUCAACGUGUUCCUGCCGCACCACCAGCCACCCUAAGGUUGUCAGUUCUUUCCAGUAAAUAAGCCAGUUCGCACUACUUUUUUUCUCGUGCAACGAGAAGCCGCUUUGCUGUUGUAAUAACUCUGCUCGAGGCAGCUCGGCCGUUCUCGUCGAAUAAAAUUCAUUCCAAUCACGAUUUUCAACGCGUUACUUUUUGAGAUUUGUCAAAAAUUCGAUGUGUGCGAUCAUUUUCCAACUGGAAUGAAUUUAUCGAGAAAUUUAAACGGCGAACGUAAACACCGUGAGCGAAAACGAAUUUCAACCUGAGAGUGGACAAUGUCGCACGACAAAUAAAUCACGAGAUCGGGGCCCGGUGCUUCACGUACGUUGUUCUUCGAGGCUGUUUUCCUGCAAUUUGACGAGCCUAUUCCUGAGCAUGGACGAGGCUGGAUCCACCCUGCCUUCCAUCGAUAGAAGACGAUCGCCUAUUCCGAAAACAGUCAUUCAACGACCCGAUGAAAUACGCAAAGAGAAACCGACCUACCCCAGGGACAGAGAGAGGAUCGUUUAUCCGAGGAAUACUCGAACUCUAGCAAAAGUACCCGUGACCGGAGGAGUUCCUAUAGACGAGACGACGUGCAUGGCCCUACGAAUGUUGGUAUUCGGGAGUUGCUCGAGUCCCCCAAGGAGCGAAUGGGCGAGAACGGGUUUGACACUCCGGCCGUCCGUUCAGAGUUUGGCAUUUGGAUUGAGAGCGCCCAGAAACUCGACGAGAGGCCUCGUCACCGUGGCCCAGGCUGUCAUGCUGAAGCAUUUAUUGUUCAAACUGAACAAACAGGAUAUUCGCACACCACCAGAAAGGUUACUGACGCCAAACUACGACAGGCAAGUGGAAGUCCUAGCGGCUGCUAUUUCCGAGAUUAUUUGGCGCUGUGCCGGAGGCAACGCUUCGCAGAACGCGAGCUACUCCGCCUCUCGUCACAAUGUUACCUCCGCUAGUCUUCCAAAAGCCACUGUCGUCUUGCCUCAAGAAGCCCCCUAUUUGCAGCAUAGCGUGCAAUACUUUCAAGAUGGAUUGACGGAAACGCUUCACCUCUUUGAAUUCACUGCGCUCGAGGACAUGGAAAUUUUUAUCAAACGUUAUUUGUAUCUGUUUCAAGACGAAGGAGGUCCCGGAGCGAUACUUUUGUUGUACAGCAUUCUUCUCUCUAGAGGCCUCUCCAAUGUUAGAAGUGACAUGGAGGACGCCAAGACUUCCAUAUUAGGCGGCUGUCCGGAAGAGGGCCCGUUGACGAUCGUGAUGCUUGCGUUAACUGGACGAGCCUCGUCUCAUCUCCACAAUGGAGUUAUUCACGUUGGAGAUGAAAACACAUACGCGAUACCGCAGUGGGGCGUCUUGGUGAGAAGCGAAAUCGGAUUUCUCAUCCAGGACGGCGAGGGUCAAGCGAACAAAAUCCCGGGCUCCAGGCUCAAGACUCCGAGUCUGCCGAUUUGGGUGACCCUGUGCUUGGGGCAUUACGGAGUGUUGUUCAACACGAACCGAGAACUUUUGAGAAAUUAUCACGCUGAAAGACGAUUCGAGGUUCAGUAUUACACCUGCGGUGGAAGUCACGCUGCGUUGACGAUCGACACGAGAUCGAAAGACAGCAUCGUUGGCCUCGAUACGACUUCGAGAGAUCCGGUCGAUAUAGCAGUCACGCCACUGGAAAAGUUGAUCCACUCGAAGUGGCAGGACGCACAGAUCCAGUGGAAUGGAGCACCGGUCUUGUAGACGAAGCUUGUACACGAAUUUAAUCGUGUACUGUCAUCGGUGGAUGUAAUUUUGUCGUUAUUCAAUGUAAUAGAUCGUCACUGUGGAUAUACAUCGAAAUCAACAAUCGUUUUAGCUGUGAAUGUUACUAGUGAAAAGAAAUUCGUAUCUCGAUGUAAUUGAAGCUAUCAUCGUCUCCGUGUUGUCAGAAUCAAUACACUGUGCUGCGUUCUGAGUAUUAAAUUUCUAAUCGAA